UCACCAAUACACCGCUCUUUUCCCACAAACACGGCAGCACUCCUGUCCGCGACUGCCAUCUUGCCUGCGUGAACCGUAGACCGCGUCGUAGUCUUCAUAAUGGCUUCAAGGGGAUGUGCUUUGGCGUCAAGGACGUCGGCGAAGCUGGCGAGCCCGGCGACGCAGAUGACGCGCAGGACAUUCGCGUCGUUGUUCCCCUCCAAAAAAAGUCCUACAGCCAUCGUCAUGUUGAACAUGGGUGGUCCCUCGACGGUCGCAGAGACGCACGACUUCCUCAAGAACCUCUUCCUUGACGGUGACCUCAUCCCCCUCCCCUUCCAGCGUUAUGCGGCCCCCAUAAUCGCCAAGCGGCGCACGCCCCAGAUCGAGCAACAGUACACCGACAUCGGUGGCGGCUCGCCCAUCCUCAAGUACACGCGUCUGCAGGGGGAGGGCAUGGCGAAGCUCCUCGACGAGCUCCACCCGGAGACCGCACCGCAUAAGGCGUACGUUGCGUUCCGGUACGCGAACCCGCUCACGGAGCAGACCGCGCGCGAGAUGCGGGAGGACGGCGUGACGCGCGCGGUCGCGUUCACGCAGUACCCGCAGUACAGCUGCUCGACGACGGGCAGCAGCCUGAACGAGCUCUACCGCAAGGGCCGGAGUAGAGAGUUUGGGAAUGAGGUCGAGUGGAGUGUGAUCGACCGGUGGGGGACGCAUCCCGGGUUCAUUGAGGCCGUAGCGCAAAACGUAGAGUCGGCGCUGGCCAAGUUCCACCCGUCGGACCGCAGCGACGCAGUGAUCCUCUUCUCCGCGCACUCGUUGCCGAUGUCGGUGGUUAACCGCGGCGAUCCAUAUGUGUUGGAGGUGUCUGCCACUGUCGCUGCCGUCAUGGAGCGCCUCAAGCAUCAGAAUCCCUACCGGCUCGUCUGGCAGUCGCAGGUCGGCCCUUCCGCGUGGAUGGGCCCACAGACGAGCGACGCUAUCAAGGGCCUUGCGCGGUUAGGACGGAAGCAGGUCGUGCUUGUGCCGAUUGCCUUCACCAGCGAUCACAUCGAGACGCUGUACGAGCUCGACUUGGAGUACGUGAAGGAGGGACGCGAGCUUGGCAUGGAGGUCCACCGCGCGGAGUCAUUGAACGAUUCGCCGGUAUUCAUUCGCGCGCUUGCGGACAUCGCGGCGAAACAUCUCUGCGACUACGGCGCCGGGAGGAUAGGACCGACGAGCGUGCAGCUCGGACUGCGGUGUCCGGGAUGUACAAACGCGACCUGUGGGCAACAGAAGACAUGGUUUGAGCGGGGUGGUCGAUGAGCGGGGUGGCGUGGCGUGGUGCGGGGUGCUUCCGCAGUGCAGAUACGACUACAGUACACAUGUCGAUAAUCUUGAAUCAUACACUCACUAUUCAGAUGUACAGGUCA